UGCUUGUGGGGAUUUUGGAAGCUGUAACAGUGAGAAUAGUGGAUUGAAGUACUGUAAGUGUUUGCCGGGUUUUGUGCCGAACUCACCAAAUGAAUGGAAUUCUGGUGAAUUUUCAAGCGGGUGUACUAGGAAGACAACUACGUGCUUGACGGAUAAGAAGAAGUACACAUUCUUGAAGUUGAAGAUUAUGACAGUGGAAGAUCCAGGCUCACUACCUGAGGCAAUAAGUGAGGAGGAUUGCGAAAAUGAGUGUGUGGGACAUUGCAAUUGCCAGGCGUAUUCUUAUAUCGCAUCAUCUGUUGAUGCACAAAGAGUCACUAGUACAAACUCAUCUAGGUGCAGAAUUUGGACGGAGAAUCUCAGAAAUCUUCACGAGGAUACGGAAGGUGCUUAUAACCUAUCAGUCCGUGUAGCCCGUACAGAUAUAGAAUCAACAUCAAGAGAUUGCGAGCCUUGUGGUGCUAACAUUCUACCCUAUCCCCUAUGCACUGGACAAAAUUGCGGCGACCCAAUGUACAACAAUUUCCACUGCAACAAGUCCACAGGACAAGUUGAGUUCCAGGAACCAAGCGGCAUCUACAGAGUUACAAGCAUCAAUCCAGAUAAUCUUACAUUUAUCAUCCAACUUACAGAUACAGUUAAAAAUGCCGAUAUCUGUUGUUCUAAAAAUUUUCGUGUCAGUCCAUCAGUACCGUAUAAAGUGAUUGGUAGCUCGUGUAAUGCUAGCUUAGCUGUAGAGAUUAGUUGGGAUCCAACACCACAGCCGACCUGUACUUUGUUAGAAGAUUGCACGGAUUGGCCUAAUUCAAGUUGCAAUACAACAGAAGACGGCAAGAGAAGGUGCCUUUGCAAUGCAAACUAUCAUUGGCAUGGCUUGGAAUUAAAUUGUACUAGUGUUCUAGGAAACGACAACAGCACUAGGAAAAAAAAGAAGUUAUUUUCUUUUGUGAUCCAUUUUAUGGUUGCGAUAAUCCUGGUUGUGCUCAUAUGCAUCGGUGGCUAUAUUUGGUACAAAAGAAGGAAGCUAAAACAAAGACAAGGGCAUUUUUCCCAGAGGAGAAGAAAUUGCUGUGAAGAGGUUGUCAAGUCAUUCGGUAUAGGGAUUGGAGGAAUUUAAAAAUGAGGUUGUAUUGUUCUCUAAACUUCAACAUCGGAAUCUUGUUAGACUUUUAGGCUAUUGCAUCAAAGGUGAUGAAAAGAUUUUACUCUAUGAGUAUAUGCCAAACAAAAGCUUAGAUUCCUUCAUAUUUGGUUAGCCUUUAAACUUUUUACUCUUAAAGCUUUUAGUACGUAGAUUAUAUUCCAUUUGAUAAUUAAUAGAAACUGCUCUGAAUCAUGCUUUCCAAUGGACAAAUUGCAAGAUCGAACUCUAUGCGUGCCAUUAGACUGGGACAAACGCUUCGAUAUCAUUUUCGGAAUUGCUCGAGGGCUUCUUUAUCUUCAUCAAGACUCGAGGUUGAGAAUUAUUCAUAGAGAUUUGAAAACAAGCAAUAUUCUAUUAGAUGGGGAGAUGAACCCCAAAAUUUCAGACUUUGGCUUGGCGAGGAUAGUUGGGGGAAAAGAACCAGAAGCUAACACCGCUAGAGUAGUCGGAACCAAAGUAUGCAUUGGAUGGAUUGUUCUCAAUUAAGUCUGAUGCCUUUAGUUUUGGAGUCAUUGUACUAGAGAUUGUGAGUGGGAAGAGGAACACCGGAUUUUACAAGUCCCAACAAGCCUUUAACCUUUUGGGUCAUGCCUGGAGAUUUUGGAGAGAAGAGAAGGCAUUGGAUUUGAUGGAUCAGACACUGCUUGAAUCUAGCAACAGAGGCGAAGUUAUGAAGUGCAUAACAGUUGGGCUUUGUGUGUACAGAGAGAGCCUAGUGAUCCUCGUAGCAUGCCAAAUGUAGUUUUCAUGCUUGGCAGUGAAACUACAACACUUCCGAAUCCUAAACCACCAGCUUUUUUGGCGAAGAAUUGGCUUUCUGAUGCACCUUCUUC